UCUUGGAAGAUUAACCGUUGAAAAAUCCCACAUACUUUACCAACUUCCCAUUACUUUGUUCCCUCGGUCUAAAUCUCUCUCUAUAUAACUGCAAAAAUUCUUCUUCGUUCACCAUUAAACUCCAAUUACAACGUUAAUUUCUCUGCUUAAACACACAACUAAUCUUUUCUUAACACACAAUUAGUAAACGAACGAUGCAAAAGAGCACUUCAUCUUCAUCACUUGGUCCGGGUGGUUUAGACCUGAGCCAAGCAUUCUUCAAGUCAAUUUCCCAUACUGCCCCUCCUUCACCGACUAAACGCCACACAAAAAUCUCGGUCAUCGGCGUUGGUAAUGUCGGCAUGGCAAUAGCUCAAACCAUCCUCACACAGGACCUCGUCGACGAGCUUGCACUCGUCGACGCUAAGUCCGACAAACUCCGUGGAGAAAUGCUGGAUCUUCAGCACGCGGCAGCGUUUCUGCCACGUACGAAAAUCCAUGCGUCGGUGGACUAUUCGGUUACAUCCGGGUCGGAUCUUUGUAUUGUUACUGCAGGUGCACGACAGAAUCCGGGUGAGAGUAGGUUGAAUUUGUUACAGAGGAAUGUUGCUUUGUUUACGAGUAUUGUUCCGUCGCUUGUGAAGUAUUCACCGGAGACAACAUUGUUGGUUGUUUCGAAUCCGGUAGAUAUUUUGACGUAUGUUGCUUGGAAGUUGUCGGGUUUUCCGGCGAAUCGGGUUAUCGGGUCGGGUACGAAUUUGGAUUCUUCCAGGUUUCGGUUUCUGAUUGCUGAUCAUCUUGAUGUUAAUGCCCAGGAUGUCCAGGCAUACAUUGUUGGAGAGCAUGGUGACAGCUCAGUGGCACUAUGGUCAGGCAUUAGUGUAGGAGGUGUGCCAGUCCUUAGCUUCCUGGAAAGGCAACAAAUUGCCUUAGAGAAAAAGACACUGGAAAAAAUCCACCAGGAAGUUGUGCGCAGUGCAUAUGAAGUGAUUAGUCUGAAAGGCUACACAUCAUGGGCAAUUGGCUAUUCUGUUGCUAACUUGGCUCGAACCAUACUUCGCGAUCAACGAAGGAUUCAUCCUGUUUCGGUUCUUGCUAAGGGGUUCUAUGGCAUUGAUGGCGGCGACGUGUUCUUGAGCUUGCCUGCACAGCUUGGAAGAAGUGGAGUUUUGGGCGUGACGAACGUGCAUCUUACCGAUGAAGAAAUUGAACGGCUUAGGAACUCUGCUAAGACUAUUUUGGAAGUGCAGAAUCAGUUGGGAAUUUGAAAUGGAAUUACUAUGCUGUUUUUUUUACCGCACGGUUUGUUGAAUUUUGUUUGCUUAACUUUGUGUUAUAGCAGUUGGUCAUAUGAUAUAUUGGCUGCCUGCUAGUGCUCUGUGGUGCUAACUUUGAAAUAAAUUGUAACAGACCUUUGAUGCCUGUUUUAAUAGAAAUCUGAUUUUAUCAUA